AUGUCUCUACCAGACCUCACUGCAUACCCUUACAAGUCCUUUCUUCCGCUUCAAUGGAUCCUAGAUCAAAUCGUCCUUUCGGUCCAGCAACUCUACGAAGAAACCAACUGGUCUGAGGCUCUGGGGUCGUGCGAAGAGCACUUCAACGGACUCCUUCCCGAGAACUUUGUUGGGCUGUUCGUUUCGUUGCUUAUAAUCGUUCUCGUCGGCCGAUUCGUUGUCGCAACUGUCAAGGGCAUGAUAGAACUCUUGGUUAGCUUGGCCAAGAUGUGUCUGAUCGCCUACAUCCUUGCCAUUGUCUUCUAUCUCGUCAAUAAGAUGGUAGACUAA